AAAAACUCCAGCGGGAGACGUAACAAACUUUCCCCGUCAGGAACGUCACAAGGUUCAUUUCCGCUUUUUCCAGAACAAGGCAAACGAUAAAUAAGGAAUUAGCGUCAUUAUGGUCGGAGUAAAGCGUCCAGUGGACGCUCGCGACGAGCGCAAUGGAAAGCGGACCAAGACCAAGACAGGAACCGUGUCGACGAAGAAAACCCAGGUUGCGCCUGUGAAGAAAUCCACGUCAAAAAGCGUAUCGAAGAAGAGCUCCAAGCCAGAGAAGAAGGAUAAGAAGCCUUCAAAGAAGAAGAUAGAGGAGGAAGAGGAUGAUGACGAUGAUUUUGAUUUGGAUGAUGUUUCUGACUCGGAAAUUGAUGAGCUGGAUGAGCUUGAAGACGAGGAUGUUGAGAUGGGCGGUGCUGGCGAUAAUGAAGAAGAUGGCAGCGAUAGCGAAGAGGAGAAGCCGACAGGGUCUGCUAAGAACGACGAAGCUGCAAAGAAUAAGACAUCUUCACGCGAAUCGCAUGCAAAGCAAAAGGCCCUGUUGCAGGAGCGGAAAGCCGCGAAGCCCAACGCCGAUAUGAUUCAACGCUCUAAGCAGCUGUGGGAGCGUCUGCGCCGCAAGUCACAUGUUCCGCUUGAAGAGAGAAAGAAGCUCAUUGCUGAGCUGUUUGAUAUUAUCACCGGGCGUGUGAGGGAUUUCGUCUUUAAGCACGAUUCGGUCCGUGUUAUCCAAACGGCCUUGAAGUACGCCAAUAUCGAGCAGCGCAAGCAGAUUGCGGGAGAGCUGAAGGGUCACUACAAUGAACUUGCACAGAGCCGGUAUGCUAAGUUUUUGAUUGGUAAACUGAUCGUCCACGGUGAUGCCGAGAUUCGGGAUUUGAUCAUUCCAGAGUUUUACGGCCAUGUCAAGCGGCUCAUCCGGCACCCGGAGGCAUCUUGGAUUCUGGAUGAUGUUUAUCGGCAGGUUGCGACGAAGGAACAGAAGGCAAACCUUCUGCGGGAGUGGUAUGGUACAGAAUUCAGUAUCUUCAAGGCGGAAAAGGGCAAGGUGCCCGUUGCAGAGCUCUCCGAGAUUCUUAAGGAGAGUCCAGAGAAAAGGGGGCCUAUCAUGCACUUCCUUUAUGAACUUGUCAACCAGCUGAUUCAGAAGAAGUCGACUGGAUUCACAAUGUUGCAUGAUGCUAUGCUACAAUAUUUCCUCAACACUAAGCCUGGCAGCUCGGAGGCUAAUGAGUUUAUUGAGCUGCUGAAGGGUGACGAAGAAGGCGACUUGGUCAAGAACUUGGCUUUCACUCCAUCGGGCUCGCGUUUGAUGUGCUUGAGUUUGGCAUACUCCUCCGCCAAAGACCGGAAAAUGCUCAUUCGCCCUUACAAGGACACUAUCAAGUUAAUGGCUGGCGAUCUCUACGCGCAUAUGGUUCUCUUGACCGCAUUUGAAGUUAUUGACGAUACGAAGCUCACGGCCAAGUCUAUCUACCCGGAGCUACUGAGUCAAGGUACCGACGCGGAAACGCGGAACGAAGAGCUACUGUACCAGAUUAGUGAUUUGACAGGCCGUAUUCCUAUCCUGUUUCCGUUUGCCGGAGACCGCGCCAAGUGGCUUUUGCCCGAUAUCGAUCAGGGAGUUCUGAAGGAGAUCCGCGAGAUUCGUCAGGAGACUUCGAAAAAGGAACCCUCUAUCCGACGCCAGGAGCUAGUCAAGGCUGCAUCGCCGACAUUGCUCGAGCUGAUCGCAGCCCGCGCGGACUCACUCCUGGAGACGAGCUUUGGAUGUCAGUUCAUUUCGGAGGUACUUUUUGAUGCCGAUGGAGAUAAGAGUGCCGCUCUGGCCGCCGUUGCCACUGCCGCCAAAUCUCGCUCGGAUACUAAAGACUCUCCUUUUGUUGGACGCUUGCUGAAGUCACUUGUCCAAGGAGGACGGUUCAACAGUGCAGAGAAGGUUGUUGAGAAGGUACAACCGCCGUUGAACUUCCACGAGCUGCUGUACGAACAAAUCCAAGACGAGAUCAUGUCUUGGGCCACGGGAUCCAACGUGUUCGUGGUUGUUGCCCUGUCGGAAUCGGAUGAGUUUGAAAAGAAAGCGGAACUGUUGAAGAUCCUGAAGAAGGGUAAAAAGGCGCUGCAGCAAGCCGCUGCCGAGUCUAGCAAGGAUGGCAAGAAGAAAGCUGGUCCAACUAGCAGCGGUGCUAAGUUGUUGCUCGGAAAGAUCUAGACAUGUCGAAUUUGUUCUUGGGUCGAUAUUUGGAGCGAAUCCGUAUUAUAUUGGCUGGUAUAUUGAUUGAUUCUGGGAAUCCAAUACUCCCCCGUUUCGCUUUCUUGUUUGUAUUCGCACUGGCAUUUCUUAUCUGUACAGGGUCUGGGAGCAAAGGGCCAUUCAAGUUACCAAAAAGCUAUUGAAAUUUUUUUACUCAAUGUUCUGGAGUAUGAAUUUCAACGUUAAGGAAUUGAUAUCUACGAAACACUAGUUGGCUUUGUGGCUUGCUGGAUUAACCUUCAGUGGGCAUCAUUGAAUUAAGGAUUUUACAACCAAAUAUGGAACGUGCGGCUUGAAGAAGUAUAUUUAUUUUACACCGAGACUAAGCAUCACGGUACCAUUGGAACCACAACCCUAAGGCACCCUGUGGAUCUUCAGGCCCAGCUCGAGGC